AUGAGAUGCUUCCCGUGUUUACGACUUAGGAAACUUUGCAGGAAAAACAAGGCAGUUGCUCAGGCCAAAGAGAUCAUUCCGCCAAACCCACCUGCUGUAAACAGCAAGCAAAUUCCAUUAGCAGAGGCUAAUAGCAACAAUGCUGAAGCUCAUGGUGCAGUAGAAAAUGGAAAUAAUGCCGCAAAGAUUUUCACUUUCCGUGAACUUGCCACUGCAACGAAGAAUUUUCGUCAAGAAUGUCUAUUGAGUGAAGGUGGAUUCGGACGAGUAUUUAAGGGGAGACUUCAGCCAAGCAGCCAGGUUGUAGCUGUGAGGCAACUGGACAGGAGCGGGACACUAGCAACUAAAGAGUUUCUAGUCGAGGUUUUGAUGUUGAGUCUCCUUUGCCACCCGAAUUUGGUUUCUCUCAUUGGAUAUUGUGCUGAUGGGGAGCAAAGGCUUUUGGUAUACGAAUACAUGCCAUCGGGAUCUCUAGAUGAUUACCUAUUCGACGCUUCAACAGAGAGAGAAUUAUUAGAUUGGUCGGCUAGAAUGAAAAUAGCUUCAGGUGUUGCGGAAGGACUUGAAUAUUUACAUGAGAAGGGCAAUCCCCCAAUCAUAUAUCGUGAUUUAAAAUCCUCAAACAUACUGUUGGAUGAAGAGUUGAACCCUAGACUCUCUCAGUAUGGGCUUGCCAAGCUCGUACAGAGUGGAAAUAAGAUGCAUGUAACACCAAGGGUCAUGGCAGCUUACGGUUAUUCAGCACCGGAGUACGAAAGACAAGGUGAAUUGUCACUGAAAUCGGAUGUAUACAGUUUUGGAGUUGUGUUAUUAGAGCUUAUCACGGGACGUAGGGCCUUUGACAACUCACGACCAGUAGAUGAGCAAAAUUUAGUUACUUGGGCACAAUAUUUUUUCAGAGACCCGAAGAGAUUUCCAGAAAUGGCGGAUCCACGUCUUAGUCGGGAAUUUCCGAUGACGAGCUUAAAUCAAGCUGUUGGAAUUGCAGCCAUGUGUCUUCAGGAGGAUCCAUCAGUUCGUCCUUUUAUAGGCGACGUUGUGGCUGCUCUCAGUUUUUUAGCAAUGGUUCCAUCAGGUGGCGCCCUUCCUAAGCUUCUUUCAGCCCGUAUCCCAUCCACAAGUGAACCCAACGAAGAUCUGAAUCGACAUAUGGACAAUGAACAAGAGGAUAAAGGCAGUUCAAUUUUUGAUACAGAUUGUUGUUCAAGUUCAAGCAGUAGCAGGUACAUCGAAACCUCCAGUCGAAUGGAUUCGAGGCCUGUUAGCAUUGAUGGAUACUCAUUUGUUUCUAGGCCAGAUCUCUUGACUUUUCUUCGGUGUUACGUAUUUCGCACCUGUGAAGAAGAAAAAAGGAAAUUCGAUUGA